AUGAGGACUGGUGUGGGGCAGGACGUCACCAUGGGGGAGGAGGGGGGAAUGAUGGAUCACACAGGGGGAGACGGGCCGCUCUGCGAGGCCUCGGGCUGCAGUGAAUCAGCCCCAUACACAGACCCUCGGGUGUUGGAGAAGCAGGAGCAGCAGCAGCCCACCUAUCUGGCCCUGAGCUACAUCAACAGGUUCAUGACGGACGCGGCGCGCAGGGAGCAGGAGACCAUGAAGAAGAAGGUGGCGCCCAAGCUGUCCCUGUCCAUCAGUGGGGGCGUGUCCCGGAACAGCACGGCCACACCCCCUCGCCACACCAGCGGAAACCUGACCCCGCCCGUGACCCCGCCCAUCACGCCGUCCAGCUCGUUCCGCAGCAGCACGCCCACAGGUACGACAGGCAGCGAAUACGACGAGGAGGAGGCGGACUUCGAGGAGUCUGACAGCGAUGAGUCCUGGACCACGGAGAGCGCCAUCAGCUCCGAGUCCAUCCUGAGCUCCAUGUGCAUGAACGGGGGAGACGAGAAGCCCUUCGCCUGCCCUGUCCCAGGCUGCAAGAAGAGAUACAAGAAUGUAAACGGGAUCAAGUACCACGCCAAGAACGGCCACCGCACCCAGAUCCGCGUGCGCAAGCCCUUCAAGUGCCGCUGCGGCAAGAGCUACAAGACGUCCCAGGGCCUGCGCCACCACACCAUCAACUUCCACCCGCCCGUGUCCACCGAGAUCCUGCGCAAGAUCCAGGCCUAG